UCAUCCCUGCGAGGAUCUCUUUGGCCCGGAGUUAGAAGCAGAUGAAGUGGCCAUCCGCUUUUUUGCCGUGUUCUCGGAUCCUGAGGGCCCCCUUGGAAGGUGUUUCGAAGAGGUUGAUCCCUCUACAUUCCUAGCAGAUGCACUGUACGACUGGUGCGCUGCCCGGCCGGACCCCAGCAGUGCCUGCAGCAAUGCCCGCCAGCUAUGCCUCACAGUGCCAGGCCAUAGGCAUCGAGGUCAGGCCUUGGAGAACGGAGGAAUUCUGCCCUCUGAAGUGUCCAGACAACUCCAGGUACAGCCCAUGCAUGAGCGCCUGCCCCAGGCUGUGUGGUGAGGAUCGGCUGGACAACUUUGUAUGCCUCUUGCCCUGUGUGGAGGGCUGCCAGUGUGAGGACGGACACGUCCUGGACGGUGAUCAGAGAUGCGUACCCGAAGACCAGUGUGGCUGUUACUUUGAAGGCCUCUAUCACACAACCUCUGAGAUCUUCUUGAAUAGCAACUGUACAAUGAGGUGCACCUGUGCAUCGGGACAGCCAGUUUGCCUACCAUUCAGCUGUGCUGGCAACCGCUUCUGUGGUACCGUGGAUGGGGUCCAUGGAUGCUUUUGCAAUGAAGGCUUCAUAGAUAAUGGAGACAUAUGCGUGGAUGACCCCUGUGAUCCCAAUCCAUGUAACAAUGGACGGUGUGUACGUGAUGCAAGGCGGGCUAGUGGCUAUUAUUGCGUCUGCUUCCGAGGCUCUGGAGGAUAUAACUGCAGCGAGCGAAGCCAAGGUCACUGCUAUGCUCAUGGAGAUCCCCAUUAUCGUUCCUUGGACGGUGUCAACUUCAACUACCAAGGGGGCUGCAAGUACGUCCUGCUUCAGCCCUGUGAUCCUGGCAAUGGUCCCGCCUUCCGCGUAAUCCAGGAGAACCAGAAAGUGAGAGAGAGUGGCCAGGGGCCUUCACGUACCAGGGCUGUCUACGUUGAGAUCGAUGGGACGGUGUUUGCCUUCAAACGAAACAGGAAAUUGUACGUCAACGGUGUUGAAGCCAAGCCCCCUGUGGUUGGGUUUGGAGGCCUUCAAGUCAUUAGACGGGGCAAAUACCUUGUAAUGGAAACUCCCUUUGGUCUGGAGGUUCGGUGGAACGGACGCUAUGAUGUUGAUAUUUCACUGUCAUCAGAUUAUUUCAACAACACCUGUGGCCUCUGUGGAAACUGGAAUGGUAAUACCGAGGAUGAAUUUGGUGAGUUUGAAACCCCGGAGGCUUUUGGCAACAGCUGGGCGGUCGAGGGGCAAGACUGUGAAUCCGAUGAGGAGCCGACACCAUUUGUGUGCCACCCCAACCCAGUCGUGCUUGUCCUUGUGCAAGAAGUCUGCAGCAUAGUCUACUCAGAUACGUUCAGCUCCUGCUCUAGCCUUGGUCUUGCGGACAGUUUUUAUGAAAGCUGCGUUUUUGACCUGUGUACUACCUACCCGGAGUUUCCCAACUUCUGUCCCAGUGUAUCAUUCUAUGCAGACGUGUGCCAAGAAUCAGGGCUCCCAGUCGGCAUUUGGAGGAGUCCACAAGUCUGCCCACUUGAAUGCCCUGAACACUCCCACUACAGUCGCUGCAUGUCUGCCUGCCCGGCGCGCUGCCCUAACGGCACUGCCGAGUUUUGCCCUUUUCCUUGUGUGGAGGGUUGCGAGUGUAACGACGGAUACUUGCUCAGCGGCGACGAGUGCGUUCGGCAAGAAGAAUGUGGUUGCAGUGGGCGUUUCUACUUGGAGCCUGGCGAUUCAUAUGUCAAUGAUAAUUGCACCAUGCUGUGUACCUGCGACGGGCCAGGAACUGUCAGCUGUGUGGCUCAGUCUUGUCAUGAGAAUGCGACGUGUGGAGUCAGGGAUGGUCAGCAUGGCUGCUAUUGUAAUGAGGGCUACUACGGAGACGGAUACGAAUGCCAACAGGAUCCAUGCUACACCGGAGAGGAGCAUUGUUCGGAUAAUGGUGAAUGCGUCAGCGAUGGUGACGGCAAUUUCCAUUGUGCAUGUCGCCGAGGCUGGUCGGGAGAGGAUUGUAGCACUGGCAUGGCGAUCUGCUCUGGUCAUGGGGAUCCGCACUACACGAGCUUUGACGGACGCAGGUUCAAUUACCAGGGCAAGUGUCGAUACAUUGUGUUCAGGAGCACCUUGAAGGAUGAGGAGAUUCCGUUUGAAGUGGUUGCCCAGCACAGGCCCGCCCGCAGGAACCGCCGAGUAGCCCUGACGGAGGAGCUUCACAUUAUUGCUGGAGAUGCGCGAAUUGAACUUCUUCAAGACCGCGAAGUACGAAUCAAUGGGGUUGAAUUCAAUACACCUGUGUACCCUUUUGAAGGAGUAUCUAUCAAGCGAGUCGGAAAACAACUAGUACUCCAGACAGACUUUGAUGUCAAGCUGGAAUGGGACGGCACCAACGCCUUCUCCAUUGAGGUAUCCCCAGAUUACUUGAAUCGUACUUGGGGCCUGUGUGGCACGUAUGACGAGGAUCCAGAUAAUGACUUCACAACGCCAGGAGGACGAGUGGUUGAAGACGAAAACAGCUUCGGCAACAGCUGGGUGUAUGGUCAUGACUGCAAUGAAACAGAGCCCCCGGGUGAUUCCUACAACCCCUGUGAAGAAAACAGUGACAGUGUCAACCUAGCUACGCAACUCUGCCGCAUCAUCACUCAAGAGAAUGGUCCCUUUAGGGAGUGCCAUGAUGACAUCAACCCUCAGGGCUACUAUGAAAGCUGCCUGUAUGACCUGUGCAGCACCCUGCCAGACAGAGGUGCGUUGUGCGAGGACGUGGCCAAAUACGCUGACGACUGCCUCUGGGCCGGGGUGGAGAUUGAAGAGUGGAGACGUGAAGAUUUCUGCUCAUUCCGAUGCCCCGCUGGCUCCAGCUACAGGCUGUGUGCUCCCGGCUGCCCAAUGACGUGCAGAGACAUGAGAGACAGUGGCCGUAGCAACUCCACAGGCUGCACUCAACCCUGCCGGGAGGGGUGCCAGUGUGAGGAAGGCACGGUGUUGAGUGGUGAACGCUGCGUACCCCCAGACCAAUGUGGCUGCUACCAUGGAGGAGCCUAUUUUAUGCAAGGAGAGCACUUCCUGACUGCUGACUGCAAAAUGGGAUGUGUAUGUAACGACAGUGAAGUCCAAUGCGCCCCCAUCGCAUGCCACGAAAAUGCUGAGUGCAUCCUGGAAGAUGGCGAGAGACGAUGCCGCUGCCAGGAGCCACUGAUAGGGGACGGAAUCGAAGAAUGCAACUUAAAUCCUUGCACAUUUGACCCGUGUGAGAAUUUUGGUGUCUGCCAUCCCGUGGGUAGCGAUGACUACUGGUGUGAAUGCACCGAGUUUUGGACUGGAAAGAGUUGUGAACUGCGACGGGGUGUGUGUCUUAGCUAUGGCACUCAACACUUUGUAACUUUUGACGGUGCGUCCCUCACAUUUGAGGGAGAGUGUCACUACGUUCUGGCCAAGACUUGCCCAGAUGAUGUUGAGCCAUCGUUUCAGGUCAUACAAGAGAGCACACGCUUGACCCCUCUCUCCUCAGGAAUAGAGGCCAUCCAUGUCCUCAUUGACGACAAGAAAAUCACACUUGGCCGUAGACGUUCUGUAGAGGUGAACGGAUUGGAGGUUGAAUUACCGGUGUCUGAAGAUGGGAUUGAAGUUCGAAUCAGUGGCAUGAAUGUGGUCUUGAGGUCUCCCAUAGGCCUCGAGGUUGCCUUUGACGGCUGGCACGCUGCAUCUGUCAUCGUCCCGUCCAACUUUACUGGCAGAUUGUGUGGUCUCUGUGGGAACUUUGAUGGUUCCUAUGCUAAUGACUCUUUCAUCAGGGGAAAACCCGCAUUAGAAACUGACGUUGGCAACUUCUACCGUGUCAAUGAUGAUUGUGCCGUUCCCAUCGAACCUCCCCCGACAGUUUCACCGUGCGACAGCGUCAGCCCACAAGCCCUCAGUGAAGCGUACGCAUUCUGUAAUGAGGUUGUUGAAGGACCUCUGUCAAGGUGUGUGGACAUGCCACAGGUUUUCAAGGCCAGAUGUUUAUUCGAUGCCUGUGCUUCCAGACUGAACCCGUACCUGAUCUGUCUUCACCCGCUGACCGUCACCAGGCAUUGCAGAAGGUUUGGUGUCCGGCACGAGCCUUGGAGGAGUUUGGACUACUGUCCCGUUGACUGUCCGGAGGGUUCCCACUACAAUCCAAGUGCCUCCCCCUGCCCUGAGACUUGUGUAGACGUGCGCAGGAACCAGAGGCCACGCUGUGAGCACGAGAGGAGGGUGGAAGCCUGCGAAUGCGAUGAUGGUUAUGUCCUGAGUGGUCCACACUGUGUCCCAAGGGAUGACUGCGGAUGCUACCAAGUCCAGACCGGGAAUUAUUACGAGGAAGGCCAGGUCUUCAUGAAUGAAGAGUGCUCCUCGUUGUGCACUUGCCAGUCUGGUUCCUUGAACUGCGUACCAGUCAGCUGUGAUGAAAAUGCAGAAUGCACCGUGUCAGAUGGCCGUCGUCGGUGUGAAUGCAAUGAUGGCUACCUGGGCAAUGGAAUGGAAUGCCAAGCAUCCCCUUGCACAGAAGUGGAUUGUCUGAACAAUGGGACUUGUAUCCCAGGACCCAAUGGGACGUACGGCUGCCUCUGCCAGUGGGACUUUGCGGGAGACUAUUGUGAGCAAGAAGUUAAACAUUGCAUUGUGUAUGGUGUUCCCCACUAUACCACCUUCUCCUUGGUGUCCUACGCCUUCCAAGGGGCGGGCCAGUAUUACCUCACUAGGGCUUGCAACGAGUCUGCCAUGCCGUACUUUGAGGUCAUUCAGCAGACAGAGAGAAUUCUUCAAAACCCGCGCUUCACCAUAACCGAGGCAAUUCUGAUCCACUUCCAAGAUGUGGAAAUUGGCCUGCACGGUAACUAUCGAUUGACAGUAAAUGAGCGGGAGAUCUUGCCUCCUUAUCGCCAGGGUGACCUCUUUGAAAUCUCAAUGAUGAACAAUCGAGUGAUCGUCACCACCAACUUUAACUUGACUGUCGAGUGGGAUGGCUUCCACUCCUCCAUUGUGACACUGUCCACAGACUGGGCCAGUGAAAUCUGUGGACUGUGUGGAGACAUGGGUGGACCAGUCGAUGGCGAGAUUGCAGCUCAUCUCUCAAGACCUGGAAGCAUAGCUGCCUUUGGAGAUCGGAACAUUGCCAAUCCCGGAGACUGUCCCCCAGCCACCAAACCAAAUAUAAUUCCUGACUGUUCGGAUGAAGAGUCUGAACAAAUCAGACCGUUCUGUUUGCCGUUAGUUAAUGAAAGGGGACCAUUCCGUAGAUGUCCAAGGGAACUGGGUACUGUCGCUGCCAGCGCCUGUCUGGAUGAUAGCUGCGCUCUGGGCCAUGACGUGGUCACACCGAUCUGCCAGUCAUUCUCUAUCCUCACCAAGUUGUGCCAGCGACUGGGCAUUGAGGUGGACCGGUGGAGGGUUGACGGCUUUUGUCCCGUCACCUGUCCCGAGCACUCAGAGUACAAAGUGUGCGCUAAUGCCUGCCAGAGGCGGUGUGGUGGCCCCGUGCGAUUGCCCGCCGAAUGCCCGUUCAACUGCGAGGAAGGCUGUGAGUGCGAGGACGGCUACGUACUGGACCACGACAGCAGAUGCGUGCGGCCGAACGACUGUGGCUGCAUGGAUCAGGGAUACUACCACCUGAAUGAAGAAGAAUAUUACCGAGAUGGUUGCCAGGAGAUAUGCCAGUGUGUGCGCGGGGAACCGGUCUGCAAACCAGUGGCAUGUCACCAUAAUGCCACAUGCGGUGUGCAUGAUGGCGACUACGGAUGCUACUGUAAUGAUGGAUACCAUGGCAACGGGACCGAGUGCAGGGAGGAUCCAUGCUACCCCAAUCCAUGUGAGAAUGAUGGCAUCUGCACCAUCCAGCGAGGAGAAGGACCACCGUAUCAAUGCUCCUGCGUGGGACACUGGAGGGGAGACCAUUGUAACCAAGGUGUCAAGUCAUGUUCAGUCAGUGGCCACACCCACUACGACAGAUUUGACGGCCAACCGUUUGACUUUUACGGUGGCUGCAAGUACGUAUUGGCACGGCCCUGUGCAGAAGGGGACAACUCCUUCCGAGUGAUUCUGCAGAACGCACCUGAUGAUGAGUUCCCUGCAUUGUCUCGCAUAGAGGCAGUUCACAUCUCCAUCGGUGACCAGACUGUUACUCUGAAGCAAGGCAUGGAAUUUGAAGUGAAUGGAGAAGAGCAGCAUUAUCCCUUCAAUCAGACCGGAAUCCACAUCAAUCAGUAUGGAUGGAUUGUGAGAGUGACCACUGAUUUGGGCCUCACCGUGUCCUGGAAUGGCCGAGACCUUGUGGAUGUCACGCUGCCGUCUGACUUUGCUCAGAGCACGUGUGGCAUCUGCGGUGACAUCACCAAUCCCAUGGAAGGCUUUGGAGAGUAUGAGAAUGCUCGGGAGUAUGCCAUGGCCUCGGUCCUUGACAGCCAGGAUUGCCAGCCUCCAAGGGAACGCUUCGAACCCUGUGAGGAACACACCUGUAAUCUCCAAGAAGCUGUUGAGAAAUGUGCACUUUUGUUAUCACCAAAAGUGGCCUGUCCCCCUGGGUGGUUCUCCCCACCGGGUGAGAGGAAUGUUCACGUGUGCUACUAUGUCAGGAGACCCGAGGAGCCCUUGACCUACGCCGCGGCUUAUCAUGAGUGCGCCAGCAAGGGUGGCCGGCUCUACGAUCCUGCCACUGAGCUGGAAGCGUUGAGCUUCCGAAAUGCCACAGCAGAGAGACACGAUGGCUCAUACUGGCUGGGAUGCUCAGACGCCGAGGAGGAAGGAUCGUGGUCAUGCCACAGGGAUGAUCACUCCUGGUCCAACGAGUCCCAGAGUGGAUACUGGUCCUGGGAUGAAGACCAACCCGAUGACGGAGGUACCCUGCUUCUACACGAAGACUGUGCCAUGGUCUUUGAUCAUGAGCACUGGCGAGACGUAUCCUGCCAUGCACAGGCUACACUGCUUGUCUGUCAGCUGGAUAGCCCACGGGAAUAUCUGACUCCCUUCAAGAAGUGCCAUGAGGUGGUACCACCUUAUCCUUACUUCAUCGGCUGUAUCCAAAGCCAGUGUGCCACGCUCCCCGACGACAACAGGCUGUGUUCAUCAAUUACUGCAUACGCCAACGUGUGCCGCCUCUAUGGGGCGCAUGUAGGUCUUUGGCAGUCCCGCAAUUUCUGCCGGCCUGAAUGUCCUGAGGGUUCCUUCUGGAGUGACUGCGUCAGCCCCUGUCCACCCACUUGUGCCAAUCCGGACAGGGCCUGCCCUCUGCCUUGCAGGCCGGGCUGCGAGUGUCGCCAGGGCUGGGUUCGCCAAGGCCAUCGGUGUGUACCUAGAGAGCAAUGUGGCUGCUUCAUGGAAGGCAUGGGCCGGUUCAUUGAGCCAGGGGAUGGUGUUUUCAAACCGGAUUGUGCCGAGCUGUGCCACUGCCGUCCUGGCGGGGAGCUAGAUUGCCAAGAGGUUAACUGCACUGAUCAUGCCUCGUGCGUUGCCAAUGAGCGCAGUGGAGACCUCACCUGCCAGUGUGAGGACGGGUAUGCCUUCAUGAACAAUGAGUGCCAACCGGAUGCCUGCACAGGUGUAGAGUGUGCCAAUGGAGGAACCUGCAUUGCCCGUCAUGGCAUGUACAGUUGCUUUUGUCAGAUUGGCUGGACUGGCCAACACUGUGAAGACGAGGAAGCAUGGUGCCAGGUCCUUGGGUUCUCACACUACUACACAUUUGACGGCACAUCCUACAACUUCUUUGGAGAUUGCAUCUAUCACCUGGCUGGGCACUGCGGGGAGGACGUAAAAAAGCCCUUGUUCUGGAUCCUGGAGAAGAAAGAGAGGCACGUGCUACGAAGGGAGGUGGCCUCCUUAUACUUUGUGGAGGUCCACAUUGAUGAUUGGGUCUUCACACUGAAGCGAGACCAUGUCGUCCUUGUGAACGGUGUUCGCUGGAAUCUGCCAGUCACAAGCUUUGAGGGAGUUCGCAUUGAAUGGAUUGGAAACAGAGUGGUUUUGCACACAGCUUUUGGCUUGCAGGUGUUCUGGGAUGGCCAUAGUGAUGUUGCUAUUCGCCUGCCAGGGGAGUUCAAGAACCAGACAUGUGGCCUUUGCAGCAGCUAUGAUGGGAACCAAACAAAUGAUCUGGUGCCUAAAGAGGGAGAUCAGGUGCAAAGCCCAGCUGAAUUUGGGAAUAGCUGGCUUCAGAAUGAUGAGGAUUGUAGGCCUGAUGAAGGAAACAUCAGCCCUGUCUUCUUUGUCCAGGAUUGUGCGGAAAUUGGUCAGAUCAACAGUUUCUGUGCCAAUCUGUUUCAGUCUUUCUCAGAGUCCUGUUCUGGACCUUACCUAGAGUACUAUUUCAUCCUCUGCAUCGCCGAUAGCUGCUUACUCCGUAACCCUCGGUACGGUUGCCACUAUGCUGCUGAAGCCGUCGCUGAGUGUAAGGCUCAAGGAGGCAGGCCAACGCCCCGAGACAUGCUUCCUGAACCCUGUGGUGUGGAAUGCCCUCCAAACUCUGAGUUCAGCUUCUGUGCCAGUCCCUGCCCCCGCACCUGCGAUGACGUUCGUGGGCAUGAUCGCACACCAUGUGAAGGGAUCCCCUGCGUUGAAGGCUGCAGGUGCAAGGAAGGUUUUGUGCUGAGCGGUGUGCACUGUGUGCCUGAGGAAGAGUGUGGCUGCAGGGAUAGGUUCCUGUACGGAGGAGCGUACUACCUGGACGGCCAGGAGUUUGUGUCUCACGGCUGCAGGGAGAAGUGCGAAUGCGACGGUGGUACCUUCCGGUGCCGGCCCCUAGAGUGCCACUGUCAGUCGGAAUGCACUGCUGAUGACUAUGGGCAGUAUGGCUGCCACUGUGAACAUCCAUAUGUUGGAAAUGGCUCCAUCUGCACGGUGGAUCCAUGCUAUAGCAAUCCUUGUGUCAACGGGGGCAAGUGUGAAGUUACAGGCAACUUCAGUUACGUGUGUGUUUGCCAGCCAGUCUGGACGGGCAUGAACUGUGAAAGAGCGCGCAAAGAGUGCAGUGUGUACGGUAGUCCGCAGCACUUCCGGACAUUUGAUGGAGCCAACUACAACUUCUUUGGCACCUGUUGGUACACGCUGGCCGCCGAUUGUUCAGAGGAGCCCUUAUUCAGGGUGUAUAUCCGGAGCGAGCAGGUGGUAGGAAGACAGGAGCUGACCAAAGUCCAGGAAGUGGUUGUGCAAAGUGGCCACGAUGGCCCGAAGUUUGGCCUGCAUCAGCACAAGAAACUGACCGUGGAAGGGAGACCUGUCAACACUCCUUUUGCGCAUGAGGGCAUUCAUGUAGUGUCAGGCACCCACAUGUUGUUGACCACGCCUUAUGGUCUGACUGUGCGAUGGAAUGGGUAUUUUGAGGUGGACGUCUGGCUAGACACUAAACUGCUGGCCAAUGUGUCGCUGUGUGGACUCUGUGGUAAUGCAGAUGGCAAUGCCGACAAUAUUCUGGAGGAGACACCGGACGGACGAAGGGUCAGCAACUCUGUGGAAUUUGGGAACAGUUGGGUCGUGAAUCCUGAGGAGUGUGAGGACCGCGGGAGUGACGUGGAGAACGCGUGCAAUGGGGACAUUGAAUUGGCCGCAGCACGCUCAACUUGUGCCAUCAUCGUCGAUGAAAAUGGGCCUUUUGCCCAGUGUGGCAAGGAGUUGGACUCAAUGCUGUUCUAUGAUAACUGUGUCUUCUCUCUCUGUGCCUCCGGCAACCCUGACAAUCGGUCACUCAUCUGCGGCAGCCUGUGGACCUUUGAAUCGGCCUGCCUGGACCUCUGCCUGGACGUUGGCCCCUGGAGAGCUCCCGGUUUCUGUGAACCACCGUGCUCGGACGGUCAGGUAUUUGAACCUAGCACCCCUGCGUGUCCCAAGACUUGUUUGGGUGUCAUCUUGGAGGCGAGUCUACCUUGCCCCUUCCCUCACCAAGCAGGCUGUACCUGCGCCCCACAUCUCUUCCUCAGUAAUGAUGAGUGUGUCCCCAAAGAUCACUGUGGGUGCUUCUAUGAAGGGCAGUAUCGCAAGGCAUCGGAGGUCUUCAUCUCGCAUGAAUGCGAAUCUGUUUGCACCUGUCACCCAGGCAACCGCGUUGAAUGCAGGGAGCGAGGAUGCCCCAAGGGUGCCUUCUGUGGGGUCAAAGAGGAGAAAUACGGCUGUCACUGCAAGCCUGGAUAUGAAGAUGAUGGGUGUGGUGGAUGCAGAGCCAAUGCCUGCCACCCUGAUCAAUGUAAGAACAACGGCACCUGUGUCAUCAUAGGAAAGGACGAUUACCUCUGUCGGUGCCCUGCCGGAUAUGGCGGUAAAAAUUGUGAAUCGGUUCUUGCCCGGUGCACUGUGUCUGGUGACCCCCAUGUGGAAACGUUUGACGGAGUCCGAUAUCGUUUUGGUAGCGAGUGUGAGCAUGUCCUUGUGCACAACGUCUUUGAGCAGGAUGUCCCUCAGUUCUUUGUGACCCUGGUCACUGAGAGGUCGGACACUAACCCCAAUGUCACAUCCAUAAAGAUGAUCAGAAUUCUCUCCACUUCCCAGGAGAAUGGCUAUUAUCUUGAAAUCCGCCAAGGCCUGAUCCUUCUCAUCAAUGGUGUCCGAGUUAUCCCUCCGUUGAUAUUGCCUUGGUCUCAGAUACACUUGAGUGGUUCGUGGUUGGUGUUAAUAGACCACACCCUUGACCUGGUCUUGAGGUGGGAUGGUUAUAACCAUCUGGAUGUAUUUGUACAUAGCAAACUCGGUGAAGUUUGCGGGCUGUGUGGAUUCUAUGAUGGCAACAACUCAAAUGAUUUCUUGAAGCAGACUGGCGAAUUUACUUCAGAUGCAGUAGACUUUGCCAACAGCUGGUUUGUUAUUAAUAGCACCUGUGAAGCUGCCGUCGAGCUUCCCAACCAGUGUGGUGGAGACUCAACUUUGAUGGUUGCUGCUGAUAAUGCUUGCAAUGCCAUCAGAGACACCGUUGGCUCCUUGGCUUCUUGUCACAAAGUGAUUCCAUUCCAGCCAUUCUACGACAAGUGCGUCUUUGACGUCUGUAAGUCACUGCCAGACACCUCGGCUCGCUGCUCACACAUCCAAGACUACGCACAGAGGUGCAUCAAUGCAGGGGUGGAUGUUGGCUACCAGUGGAGGACAGAAAGAAAUUGCUUCUCCGAAUGCCCCGAGCACUCCCACUUCUCCCCCUGCAUCGGGUCUUGUCCCCCGUCUUGUCUGGGUGAACUGUUGUACCAAGACCCGCGACAGUGUUUCCCGUACUGCAAUGAUGGCUGUGAGUGCGAUGAAGGCUACUACCUGAGCGACGACCGCUGCGUGCCGAAGGAAGAGUGCGGUUGUCUCCUCCCUAGUGAAAUAUCACAAUUGACUGUCGUACCAGUUGGCUUUACCUUCAUGUUUGACAACUGCGGAAUCCUCUGCAGCUGUGGAGCAGAUGGAGAUCUGAUUUGCUCGAAUGCCACCUGUCACAGCGACGGGCAGUGUCUGAUCAUUGACGGGGUGGAGCAGUGCGUAUGCAACGACAGUCUCAUUGGAAAUGGUUUGGAGUGCAACACAAGUCCUUGUGAAGCAAAGCCGUGCCAGAAUGGUGGAACAUGCAUUGUGGAGGAAAACUUGAGUUACUCCUGCGUCUGCCAGCGGGGCUGGACUGGAACGAACUGCAUGCAAGAAACGUUGUACUGCCUGACCUAUGGGGAUCCCCACUACCGUACCUUUGACGGCAAGUAUUUUGACUUCAUGGGCGAGUGCUCGUACUACCUCUUCCGGCUCUGCGAGGCUGAUUCGACAACCUCCGUGAUUCAGGUCAAUCAGAGAGUGGGCAGCUCGGCCUACACCACCAUGAAAGAGCUGAUCAUCAAUUAUGGGGGCACGGAGAUUAAGCUGGUUCCGGAUGUAGGUGUGGUUGUCAGUGAUGUUGUCCAGACACCACCUUUUAAUGCAACUCCUGUUGUAGAGAUCCGUCGUGUGGGCAAUUACAUUGUUGUAAAAAUCCCUGACCAGUUUGAUCUGAAAUGGGAUGGCCAAUACAGUGCAGACAUUGAGCUGACUGCCGUGAUUGGAUCCACUCAGUUCUGUGGUCUCUGUGGCAAUGCUAACAAUAACACCGAUGAUGAUUUUGAUGAUGGAAAUGAACAGACGGUUGAUACAGCAGUAAGCUUUGGCAAUCGUCAGGUUGUUGGGAACCUACCCUGUCCAGCCAAUGCAACAGAGCAACCUAACCAGUGUGACAAUGCUUUUGAUACUGAAUUUGCUGAUACGGUGUGCUCACCGCUGCUUGAUUCCAGGGAUAACUUCCCAUUCCAAGGCUGUUCAGCAUCAUCGGCUGAGUUCUAUGCGGCUUGCAGGUACGAUGUCUGUGCAGCGGUGCUGGUCGACCCAAGCCUGGCUCUGCCCAUUGCUUGUGGAGUGGUUGCUACCUACGCACAGCUGUGCCAGGACCUGGGUCACGCUGUCAGUGAAUGGAGAAGUGCAAUCUCCUGCACGCAAGAUUGCCCGCGGAAUGCAGAGUACUCCCUGUGCGCUGACCCCUGCCCUGCGACCUGUCGCGACCCUGAUGGAGACAUAUCCCCCUGCAACUUGCGCUGUGCCGAGGGGUGCACCUGUCGAGAAGGUUUCUACCAGGAUGGUGAUGAAUGCGUACCUCGAAGUCAGUGCGGUUGUCAGUAUGAUAAUGAACAGAAAUAUCUCCGGUUGAAUGACGAUUACUACACCAAUUCCUGUACCAUGCGAUGCACCUGCUCCGAUGCGUUUGGCGAGGUUGUGUGCUCCCCUGCUGCAUGCCACGAGAAUGCCACAUGCACUGAAGUCAAUGGCAUCCAAAAGUGUGUCUGUGAUGAGGGAUUUGUUGGCAAUGGUCAAGAUUGCGUCUUUGAAGAGUGUGCUGACAGUCCUUGUGCAGAAGGCUCACAGUGUCUGAGGCGAAUGGGCGGUAGCCCAAACUACGUCUGUGAGUGCGCCGACAACAACAGGAUGGGCCAGAACUGUGAUGUCCAAGCAGAAUACGACGCCCGGUACGCAUGUUAUGGUGCCGACUGCGCCUCCACCUGGUUCAAAUCCCCGAAUUACUCACAGCCCUACCCAAAUUCCUGGAAGGGUUUCUACCAGCUCUGGGUGCCGGGUGCCCGCUACAUCAACGUGACCUUCCCGGAGGCGUUUCAGGUGGAGACCGGGAGGGACUACCUGUACCUUGGUCCGGGCUUCCAGUACCCCCUGGGCCUGAAUCAAGGUCCCCUGUCCACCCUGCAGGGGGUAAUAUACCGACUGGAUGGCUACACGUCACCCGGGCCCGUUUACAUCGAGGGAGAUGCCGUGUGGAUGUACUUUGUGACUGACGACCAAGUGAACGCUCACGGCUGGCAUGCCAUGUUGGAAGCAGAAUUUGUGGAUCUUCCAGACACACCAGUUUGCUGGGACGGCAGCGAGACCAGACCCAGUGGGAGCACCUGGGAGUAUGGUAAAUGUGAUGAGUGUAACUGCGCGGCCGGAGCUGUCAUCAAAUGCUCCUUGAAUGCUUCUAAGCCGAUCUCUUGCACGGAAGACAGCCACUGCCCGGCCAGUUCCACCUGCGUGCCGUCUGACCAGGUUCCCCUUUGCGUGACUGAGCCUUGCAGUGGCAUGUACUGCGACGUGGGAACCAUUCAUGCCGACUGUGCCGAGAACCCCUUCUGUUCGGAAGUGACCGUCUCCGCUGAGCUGGCCUCCAUCAUACCUAGUACCACCCUGACCCAACUCUGUGACAGCCUCAUUGCUGCCGCAGAAAUUGUCUCAGUCGCUGAUUGCUUCACCUUUGAAUGCUCCAUUCGCCGUGAAGCUCGCAAGAAGCGAGCAGCGUCGGACGACACAGUGCUCGUGGACAUCUUCCUGGAGAGUGGUUCUCCUAGUACCGGCUCUGCCGCCCCUGUUUCUGAAGACGGCAUGACGCCUGCAGAUGCUCUGGCCCUGUCAGUGUACGAAGGGCUGAGUCUACACAUAUCUGACCCAUCGCUGCCCGUCAACAUCACCAGUGUAGUCUACCUGGGUCCGAGACCAGCUACCAAGGAACCGCCCACAGACAGCACCCUGAGAGUCACCAUCAAAAAGGUCACCACAGGACCUGUAGAAGCCAAUUUGUCUGCCUCGUCUGUUACCAUCGUUGCCGUCGGUUCCUCGAUGAUGAUUCUCCUCGUUGCCCUCGUGUUGACCAUCUGGUGUCGUCGUCGCGGCCGGCAGUCAUCGAAGAAGACUAUGACAUUCCAGACUGGUUCAGAGGAGGCUCACACCAAUGAGGUCUUUGAGAUGGUUGACCCGGGACCAGCCUUCUCCCGUGCCAUUCCAUUGGAUGAUGGCACAGGCCACCAGGGCAAUGUGUAUGGAGUUAAAUAUGACCUGGAUUCCUAACUGUGCCAGAGUCAAAUAUGAAGGCAUAAAUGAAAUAGUUAAAAGGUCUAUAGUUGGGUUAAUGGGAUUGAUUUUGAGUAGCUGAAGAAAUUCAGCACUAUUUACUUUGAGCUAUUUUGAAGUAUUUUAUAAUAUUUUGGUCAGUCAUAUAUGAAGGGACAUGCAAAUCUAGAAUAAGCAAACCAUACUUUAGUGAUGUUCUUUUUUGGCAGUUGCAUAAUUUCCAAUGAGUCAGUUAUUGACAGUUGCUGUCUUUAUUCUGAAAAGACUGAUAGAAACAAUACCGCAUGUGUUGAACUCAUAGCGUGGAAUUCUUGUUCUCCUCAUCAGAGAGACUUGAGAAUUAGAUGUCGUCAUGCUGUGGCCUGUGAUGUCACAUUGUAAUGUGGACAAAAAUGGAUUAUGGAAUGUGUCAUUUAUUUCAGGAUAAUAAAAGCAUUAUGUUUAGUUUUAAAUAAUAAGAUUUAAGGAAAGGUUCUCUUAUCAUAUCAUCUAGAUGUAGAAUUUUUUUUUAUUUGGUAUUAUUGUAAGCAGUAUUUUAUAGCUACAUCUAUAUAUUUGUAUAUUGAUUUAUUACUAAGUGGUAACCGGAUGAGUUUUUUCCAAGUACGUGUACAAUAUUAUUAUUCAAAAGAUAUAGUGAAGGGUGUGUAUUUGUUAGCAUCAGAUUACGUUUUUUAAACAUUGUGAUAAAUACAUAUUGCCCACAUCUUUGGAACAGAUGCAUAACAAAUGCUUGGAAUAUAUAUAACCUUUAGCAGAUUUCAAUUAAGGCUGAGAAAGCUUUCCAGUUGUCUUUUUUGUUCCUUUUGUUUUCUUGUUCUAGUCCUAGACAUUGGAUCCACACAAGUAGCAUUGCUCAUGAUGAAUAUGUCAAUUAAAGGUUCUCCGACUAUUUUCUUGUCAGUUUUGUAUGCUUGUUGUUUAUUUGCUUGUUUCUUUUUAUUUACUUGUCUUUUGUUAAUUCCAAUUUAACAAGAAACAAGAAAGGCGACACUCAGUCUUGUUAUUUUUCAAACGGUUUGUGCACUUUUAAAAUGUGUUUUAGUUUUUGACCUAAGAGGACCACACCAGUGGCAGAUGUACAGUUGUCCCAAAGCAACAACAACUAUUAUUUUGAGCACUUUACCCCGUAGCCAUGACACUCAAGAAAACUGCAGUAGCUGUGAACACAAGAAGCGGUCGAUUUUUGACAUCAGAACCAUCUCCUCACUUUCUAUCUGUGAAAUAAAUUUCAUUAGGCUGUCAUGACCAGUGA